CUGAUGGUGAACAAGACAGACGUGACAGAAUUCAUCCUGCUAGGACUAACCAGUGAUCUGCAUCCACAGGUUGCUCUCUUUGUAAUUUUUCUUCUCAUCUAUGUCAUCACUCUGGUUGGAAACCUGGGGAUGAUCCUAUUGAUUCUUCUAGACUCUCAUCUCCACACUCCCAUGUAUUUUUUCCUUGGUAAUCUGUCUAUAGUGGAUUUUUGUUACUCUUCUGCUGUGACUCCAAAAGUCAUGGUUGGACUACUCAGCGGAGACAAGGUCAUGACCUACAGUGCUUGUGCUGCUCAGAUGUUCAUUUUUGCAACCUUUGCUGAUGUGGAAAAUUACCUCUUGGCCUCAAUGGCUUAUGAUCGCUACACAGCAGUGUGCAAACCCCUACAUUAUACCACCACCAUGACCACAAGUGUGUGUGCAUAUCUGGUUAUAGGCUGCUAUGUCUGUGGUUUCCUAAAUGCCUCAAUCUAUACAGGGAACACAUUCAGUCUCUCCUUCUGUAAGUCGAAUGUGGUCCCUCACUUUUUCUGUGAUGUUCUAGCAGUGAUGGUUCUUUCUUGCUCUGAUGGACAUGCUAAUGAGCUGGUUCUUAUUUGUGUAGCCAGCUUUAAUAUCUUUUUUGCCCUCCUAGUAAUCCUCAUAUCCUACUUGAUCAUUUUCAUUACCAUCCUAAAGAUGCACUCAGCAGCAGGACUUCAUAAAGCUGUAUCCACCUGUGCCUCCCACUUCACUGCAGUCUCCAUUUUCUAUGGAACUGUUAUCUUCAUGUACUUACAGCCGAGCUCCAGUCAUUCCAUGGACACAGACAAAAUUGCAUCUGUGUUUUAUACGAUGAUCAUCCCCAUGCUGAACCCUGUGGUUUACAGCCUGAGGAACAAGGAUGUCAAGAAUGCAUUCAUGAAAAUUGUUUUUAAGGCAAAAUAA